AGGUCCAGUCGGCCUGUGUUCUUCAUCAUCGUCUUCGUCUUCCGAGGAUUAAAAUCACUUUUGGAUCGAACAAAACAAAACAAAAACCGGCGGCGACAUGUCGCUGCUGAUUGCGAUCGGCGUUUUCUACGCGAUCUCGUCGUCGUCUUCGGAAAGCUCGGCGACGCGGCCGCUUUCCUGCAGCGCCCGCGGGGCCGACCUGGACCCGGCGGCGGACGGCGCCGUCCUGGUGACGUGUCCGCCGGACUGCGGACGAAGGCCGCUUGCCGUGUUCGGCGCCGACGUCUACGCCGACAUCUCGUCCGUUUGCGGCGCCGCGCUGCACAGCGGCGCGGUGAGACACGCCGGCGGCGAGGUUCGCGUGGAGCGGCUCCCCGGGCGACACGGCUACGUCCGCUCCUUCGCCAACGGCGUCCAAUCGCGGGCCUUGUCCAACUGGAACGCCUCCUUCCGCGUCAGCGAGCCUGAGAAGCAAGGACCUCAGGAGCUGAUGCAGGACUCCGCCGCCGCCACCGACGCCACCGCCGCCACCGCCCCCGCCACCGCCCCCGCCACCAGGGAAGUCGAGAAGAAGACGCCUGUGAAAAAAGUUGGAAAUAAAGACUGUCAGAUGGACAUCGUGGUGGUGACCGACAGCAGCGCCAACUUGGGCCGGCGGCGCUUCAACCUGCAGAAGAACUUUGUCACCAAGCUGGCGGCCAUGUUGAAAGUCGGAGUCGACGGACCCCGCGUGGGCCUCGUCCAGGCCAGUGACGUUCCCAAGACAGAAUUCCUGCUUAGCAACUAUACACAACCCAAAGACCUUCAGUUUGCCAUCAAAGAGCUCGCACACCUGGGAGGGGAAACCAACACAGGAAAGGCCAUCACACACACGGCGGAGAAUCUGUUCACUCAGCAGAGCGGCGCCCGUCGCGGCCGGCCGCGCGUCAUGCUGGUGCUGGUCGACGGGUGGCCGUCGGACGACCUGGAGCGGGCGGCCGCGUCGGCGCGGGAGGCGGGCAUCAACGUCUUCCUGGCCGCCGUCGCCAAGCCCGUGCCCGACGAGAUCCCCGCCGUGCCGGACCUUAACUUCGCCAAGAAGGCGGUGUGCAAGGACGACGGUUUCUUCAGCUAUCAGAUCUCCAGCUGGUUCGGCACCACCAAACACGUCAAACCUCUCGCGCAGAGACUCUGCUCGCUGAACGCGCUUCUGUGCAGUCGCACGUGUUUGAAUUCGGUCAACGUGGUUUUCCUCAUCGACGGCUCGUCUAGCAUGGGCUCUCCCAACUUCCAAUUGGUCCUGGAGUUCGUGGCGGCCAUCGCCAGCAGGUUGGACGUCUCAGAAGUCGGAGCUCACGUCGGCGCCGUUCAGUUCACGUACGAUCAGCGCCUGGAGUUCGACCUUUCGGAGCACGCCAGCAAGGACGCCGCGGCGGCCGCCCUGAGGAAGAUCCCGUACAUGAGCGGCGGCACGGCCACGGGGAGCGCCAUCACCUACGCUACGCGGAAUGUCUUCAGGAAAGCCGCGGCCGGACGCAACUUCUUGAUCGUGGUGACUGACGGCCAAUCGUACGACAACGUGGGCGGGCCCGCGCUGGUGGCGCACAAUCAAGGCAUCACCAUCACAUCGGUGGGCGUGGCCUGGGCGCCCAUGGACGACCUGCAGGUGAUGGCGUCCGCGCCCAAAGAGAAGCACACCUUCUUCAGCAGACACUUCGAAGGCCUCCAAGACCUCGUCGAAGACAUCAUCCGCGGAAUUUGUCACGACUUCAACGCCAACAACUGAAAGCGUGCGCGCGCUGUACGAUACGCGAUGACGUCAUCACUGAGUCACGACAUGUAGUUGAUUGAUUGACAGGUGGCGUCACGCUAGAACACUUUGUCUUCUUUUCCAUGUGUAACUUUUCCAAUCUCAUUUCAUAUUUUAUACUUCAACAAACUGUAAACCUGUGACGAUCUCAUGAUCUAUUUGACCUUCUUAUGUAUUUAUUAUUAAAUUGUUUACAAAAAAAAUA